AUGGCGAUCUGCAUUCACCCGUGGGCUGGCGAGACGGCGAUCCUCCCUCGUCUCCUCGACGACGUCUUCAGCGAGAUCGACGACGUUUUCAACGAGCUCGCCCAGAUUGAGCCACCAAUCCACUCUGUUGCGCGAAGGAAGGGAAGGAAAGCUCUUGCAGGAUAUUUAGGCAAGGUUACCGAUGACGGGUCAAAGCUGGCGAUUUCACUGGAUGUGUCGAAAUUCAAGCCAGAUGAACUGAAGGUUCAAAUUACACCAGCAGGUCAUUCCUUCCGUCGAUGGACUCUUCCAGAAGAUGUUGACGUCGAGCAGAUCCGAUCCACCCUAUCUGAGAACGGUCAGCUGGCCAUCGAGGUGCCCAAGCCGAAACCAGCCGUCACCGCCAGAACCAUCCCAAUCCAAAAGGCUGUCGAUCAGCAGUAA